GCAUCCCAUCUCCAUCCCCAUCCAUAGAGCUGCAGGCGGCCUGCGCUGCAGCCAACAAGCUCAUCAGCUCACCGUACCUAGGAGGACGACCGAGCAGCUAAGGUAGUAGUAGCUAGCUAGCCAGUGAUGGCGGGCUACAAAGCGCAGGGCGGGGCGCUCGGCGUCGUCCUGGCUGUCGCCGCGCUCUUCGCGGCGGCAGCGAUGGCGAUGGCGGUGGACGACGAGCACAUGUACCACUGGAAGUGCUUCAAGUCGUGCACGGGGAACUGCCGCGACGAGGACGCCUUUGACGACGUCGUCGCCCGCCACUCCGAGGGCUCCUCCCACGUCGUCGUCGCUGCCGUCUCCGGCGGCAAGUGCAAGGACAGGUGCCUCAGCGAGUGCUUCGAGGACCUGCCGGCCCUCUGCUACCACCAGUGCGUCGCCACCAACUGCCUCUGCUACCCACCCUUUAGCAACGAGAAAGUGAUGUGCCUGAAGAGCUGCUGCAACAAGUGCUUCCACCACGGCCCGCCUGCCCCGAAGCCGAGGCCGCCAAUGCCUGGUCCUCCGAAGCCGCCUGCCCCGGCGAAGCCCAAGCCACCGCCGACGCCGACGCCGACGCCGACGCCGAGGCCGCCAGCGCCAAAGCCACCGACGCCCAGGGCGCCGCCACCGCCAAAGAAGCCGUGUCCCUGCCCCCCCGGCAGCGACGAGGUCGAGGCCAGCGAAAACAACUGAUACGUACGAUGGAUCGGCCAGUCGUCGUCGUCUCAGAAUAACUCCAUAUACUAUACCACUUGACUUCGCAAGUGUACGUGUGUGGGUACGUCGGCACAUCAAGUAGGCCCCACUAUACGACGCGACGCAUAUAUGUACGCAACGUACUUAAUUGCUGCUACCAAGGAAAAGGAAGGAAAGCAAUUCUAGCUCCGUUGUUGUAAAUGAUGCAUGUACUGAAAUUUAUCUUCUAUAGAGUGCGCAGAGGCACAUUGCGCACUUAGUAUUAUGUAUAGCAUACAUCGAAUGUUCAAGUUUACUGAAAAACAAA